AUGGGUGUUGAUUCAAAACCAGAGAUAGCAGACUACUGGUCCACCUACCAAGCUAUAAGAAAUGACUACAUUGCCAAUGUUAUGAGCCGCAACAGAUACCAAAAACUGAUGCAGUAUUUUCACUGUAACAACCCAGAAACUGACCCAAUGAAUAUAGUCAAUGAUGAAGAACGCAGAGAAAGGAGAAAAGAAGCGCCUCUGUAUAAAGUACAGCCAGUACUGGAUGCUGUCUUCACCAAUUCCCGGGAAUAUUACAACAUGCAUCGCCAGGUUAGCAUAGAUGAAUCUAUUGUUGGCUACAAGGGUCGUUAUGGAGGAGUACCUACAGUUUUUAUCCAGGGAAAACCCCAUGCUAAGGGAUUCAAAAUAUAUGCCUUGGCUGAUAGCAAAUCAGGCUACAACUACAGGAUUGAGAUCAUGUCAAUGACUGGUAGUCAUGAGAAGUAUAGAAGGGAUGUGUCCAGAACAAGAGAUCUGUGUGAAAGGCUUAUCGUUAACAUUAGGGGAUGCCAUCAUGUCCUGUACACUGACAGUUAUUAUACCAGUGUAGACAUGGUGAGUUACCUGCUAGAAAAUCAUGAAAUAUAUGUGGUUGGCAGCGUUAGGCAAGAUAGAGUGGGAUUCCCAAAUGCCCUCCGUACCAACCUCAAGAAAAAUUCAAAUCACAAGGCAAUAACAAAUUUAGAGAGGGGACAGUUUGUAUCCAGACAAAAGGAUACAGUGGUGGCUAUAUCAUGGAAUUACUCCAACCUCCUGAAUAUACUGACAACAUACUAUGAGGGCUAUAGAACCGAGAAUCAAAGAGUUACCCGUUUUCUGCUCUCACCAGAUACUGGCAGGAAAGUAGCAUACUCUCUACCUUCCCCAGAAGCAAUUUAUGACUACAAUCUGUACAUGGGUGGAGUUGACAAGUCAAACCAACUCAGGUCCUAUUAUACAGCCCAGCGUCAGUCAAAGAAAUGGUGGAAGUAUAUCUUUUUCUACCUUCUGGAUACUGCUAUAUGCAACAGCUGGAUCCUGUACAAAGAAUCCAAAGAUGGAUCCAAAGAAAAUGCACAAAGCCUUCCAAAUUGA